ACACAAAACCCAGUACUCUAAACCAAAUGACCAGUUGCCUAAACACAUUUAGUAAAACUACCCCCCAUUUGCCACAACCAAAAACACAAUUCACCUGUAGACACUGUUCACAAAACCCAUCCCCUUUUUCUCAAAACUCUAAACACAUUUUGCCUUGCUAAAACACAUUUAGCAUAUAUCUCUGCUCAAAUAUGCAUUGUGAAGCUCAUGUGAUGCAAAAUGCCACACACAGUCAGCAAAACCUGAACACAAUGAACACACCUGGUGUAAUUCAGUAAACACAACGACUCAUAAUUGAAAACACCUAUUGCAAAUGAUGUGACCACACCUAUAUAAGUCAGUUUGCUGAAGGUUCCAAACAAAAAUGGAUGAUCAAGGAAGAAGAAGAGGAGUUCGUGCCAGAGGAGGGAGAGGAGUUCGUGCCAGAGGAGGGAGAGGAGUUCGUGCCAGAGGAGGGAGAGGAGUUUUUGUCAGAGGAGGGAGAGGAGCAGGCCAAGGAGGGAGAGGAGCAGGUCAAGGAGGUAGAGGAGCGGGCCAAGGAGGGAGAGGAGCAGGUCAAGGAGGUAGAGGAGCGGGCCAAGGAGGGAGAGGAGCAGGUCAAGGAGGUAGAGGAGCGGGCCAAGGAGGGAGAGGAGCAGGUCAAGGAGGUAGAGGAGCGGGCCAAGGAGGGAGAGGAGCAGGUCAAGGAGGUAGAGGAGCGGGCCAAGGAGGGAGAGGAGCAGGUCAAGGAGGUAGAGGAGCAGGCCAAGGAGGGAGAGGAGAAGGAGGGCGAGCAAGACAACGCAUCUUCAUCACAGAUGAAAUGAGAGCAACGGUCAUUGACCACGUCAUUGUCCACGGCAUGACAAUGACCGAAGCUGGACAACGAGUCCAACCAAACCUAAGCCGAUUCUCAGUGGCCACCAUUAUUCGGGCCUUCAGAGAACACAACAGAGUUGAAAGAUUGCCAUAUGCAGGUGGGAGGGCUUCCAGAUUCACACCAGCCCAAGAGGUCGUCAUUGUGGAUAUGGUUCGGGAGAACAAUGUGCUGAGACUACGGGAGAUACGGGAGAGGAUCAUUGGUGACAAUAUGAACUUUCCGAACAUUGACGAUGUUAGCCUGACAACCAUAGACAGAGUCCUCAAGCGCCAGAGAGUACGCAUGAAGCAGGCCUAUA